AUGGGAUUGCCAUUUUCCUUGCCCUCAUCUAUCCCAACACAAAGCCUGAGAACAAGGCUGUUUGGUUCAACAGAAAAUGUAGAUACACUUAUAGUAAGAUCCAUCAGCUUCAACUCCAAUGACGGGGAGACAAUGCUGAGAACUGUUAGUUUCAAGAAAAGGGAUUCUGAUAACAUCACUAUAUCUGAUGGCUCUGAUGAGGUGGUUAUUGAAGAAUCGAUACACUUCAGGAAACCAGAGUUCAAAAAGCUAAGGCUUGAAACUACUGUUUCAUUCAAGAGUAUAGUGCUGGAUGGAGAGAAUUUGGAUUCAAGGGAAAAAGGUGACGAAUUGCCUAAGAAAACAAACCCUGCAGAGACUUUACCUGACCCAGCCGUCUUGUUCUCUCCAAGGCCUGUUAGUGAGCUUGAUGCUGCCGCAGUUAAGCUGCAGAAAGUUUACAAGAGUUACCGAACAAGACGAAACCUUGCAGACUGCGCUGUAGUUGUUGAAGAGCUCUGGUGGAAGGCAUUGGACUUUGCAACACUGAAGAGGAGCUCUGUGUCGUUCUUUAACAUUGAGAAACCAGAAACUGCAGUUUCACGUUGGGCACGGGCCAGUACGAGGGCAGCCAAGGUUGGGAAGGGCUUGUCCAAGGAUGAGAAGGCUAAGAAACUAGCACUGAGACAUUGGCUUGAAGCAAUUGAUCCACGCCAUCGCUAUGGACACAACCUACACUUGUAUUAUGAUGUCUGGUUCCAUAGUGAGAGCUCCCAACCUUUCUUCUACUGGUUGGAUGUUGGAGAUGGCAAGGAAUUAAACCUUGAGAAGUGCUCGAGAGCUGUUCUACAGCGACAAUGCAUCAAGUACCUUGCUCCGAAAGAGAGGGAAACAUAUGAAGUGAUUGUAGACGAUGGGAAGCUUGUCUAUAGGCGCAGUGGGGAGCUUGUGAAUACCGUUGAGGGUUCCAAGUGGAUUUUUGUCCUGAGCACCUCAAGGAAUAUGUAUGUAGCAGAAAAGAAGAAAGGCCGGUUUCAGCACUCGAGUUUUCUCGCUGGAGGAGCUACCACUGCAGCUGGAAGACUGGUUGCCCAUAAUGGAGUUCUUAAGGCUAUAUGGCCUUACAGUGGCCAUUAUCACCCAACAGAGGAGAACUUCAUGGAGUUCAUCAGCUUCCUAGAGGAGCACCAUGUAGACUUGACCAAUGUGAAGAGAUGUGCAGUAGAUGAUGACAACCCAACGCUCAAAAUUGCAGACAGUGAGCUGAAGUCAUCAGACUCGCCAAGGUUUCCCUCAGGAAGCAUCACCGUCUCUGAAGCAGCUGAUGCAGAUGGGGUCAUCACCCAGGAGGCCAAACCAACAGCAAUUCAUCAAGAGGACAACGUGGGCAGAAUUGGAACCGACAUAGAACCGGCGUUUGGCCUAGGCAAACGAUUGUCGUGCCAAUGGACUACUGGGGCUGGUCCGCGAAUCAGGGUCUUAAGGGACUACCCUGCAGAUCUCAAAAUCAGGGCACUGGAGCAAGUCAACCUAUCCCCCAGGAUCAAGCCAGGAGCCUUUGGCAGCAGCAGCAUUCCAGUCCUGCCAAUCCCCUCACCAAGGCCAAGCCCCAAGAUCCACCUCUCCCCUAGACUUUCCUACAUGGGACUCCCUAGCCCAAGGGUCAAUCUACCUACUUCUAACUAAAACAGAGCCAAUUCACCAAAUGGUGGUUUUUUGAGGCACGAGUCAUGGCACGGGUACUGGCACACGUCGUGUCACACAUCACGCGUCAUGGCUUGGGCCAUGACAUGCGUUAGGCCUUAUAAACCUAAAAGGUUGAAGGGCUUGCGCCAUUUUUUUCUCCUGCAAUUAGCAUUUUUUUUCUUUACUUGUCUUGCAGGUCAUUUAACUCAUAGAUAGUCAUAGACGAAUUGAUCUCUUUACUCAAA